CUUCUCAUACAUAUCUUGUUCAAAAAUCCUCUCUUUCUUUCAUUUUCCCAGGAAAGAAUUUUGUCCGGAGAAGUUUGAGGAGGGGAAAUUUUGAUUAUGGCAAGAGUAAUUGAAUCAGUGGCAUCUUCCCUGGAGAACAAUAUGGGGCAACAAGAGAUGAUGCAGUUCAUUUCAGCUAAAGCCUGCAUCUUCAAAAUCCCCAGUAUACUCCGCAGGCACAACGAGGAAGCAUUCAUCCCCAACGCAUUUUCCAUCGGGCCUUUUCACCACGACAAGCACAACCCGAGGGACACACAAAAGAUCAAGUUGAAGUACCUAGAAGGACUCCUCACUAGAACAGGUAAUCGAAAGACAAUGUUGAGGCAAUGCAUCAGCGAGAUCAAGACAAAAGAGAAAGAAGCUCGCGAGUGCUACGCAGAAGAAAUUGAUAUGAGUGAAGAGGAAUUUGUUGAGAUGUUGGUGCUUGAUGGUUGCUUCAUUAUUGAACUGUUAAGAAAGAACGCAGAAGAAGAAAAAGAUGGAGAUGACCCUAUUUUCUCCAUGUCCUGUAUGAUUCAGUUCUUAUACCAGGACUUGAUUUUGUUAGAAAAUCAAAUCCCCUGGUUUGUGCUCGAGCGUUUGUUUAGCUCAACGGGGGGUCCAUCUCAAAGCAAGUCCCUCGUAAUUGAACUAGUUCUCAAAUUCUUUGGCAACAUCUUUUCCUCUGAGCAAUUGCUUGUGGAUGAUAAUAUCUUCACCAAUCAGGAUAUUAAGCACAUUCUUGAUUUGUUAAGAAGUUCUUUGGUGUUGCAACUUCCACUUCCCGAGUGUGAAAUUAAGUUAGAGAAGCAAUCCCAACAGGUGCAAAAGGGUUGGCAGCCCUUCCCUUCCGCCACCACCAUCAAAGAAUCCGGAAUCAAAUUCAUGAAAGUGAAGUCAACAACCAUAUUGGAUGUCAAGUUCGUCAAUGGUACCCUCAAAAUGCCAUCAAUUCUAAUUCAAGAAACCAUUGAACCUGUGUUCCGAAACCUCAUCAGCUACGAGCAAUGCUAUCCCAACUGUCAGCCAAGAAUUACAAGUUAUGCUAUACUCUUGGACAACCUCAUCAACACACUCGAGGACCUGGAUGAACUCUUGGAGAGUGGGAUUCUUAUCAACUGGGUUAAUCCGCAAGACACGACCCAGUUCUUUAAGAUGUUAUACCAUGAUGCUUAUGUGAAAGAGUUUUACUAUCAGAAGCUUUGCAGUCAAGUGAAUGAUUAUCGGCAGCAAUGGUGGCCUAAAUGGAGAGCUUUUUAUUACCACAAUUAUUUUGGGAAGCCAUGGGCGAUUGUUUCUCAAAUUUUUGCAGGUAUCAUUCUAGUCCUGUCUAUCCUGCAAACCCUGUAUGCCAUACUGGGAGCCGGUAAGUGAUCAAUCAAUGUUGGUUGUAAGACAUGUUGAGACACAAAUAGAAGAUGCCAUGAGUUGAUCAUAUGUAAUAAUUCUUCAUCUGGGGUCUCCUCCUUUUGAUGAAUCUCUGUUCUCCCUCUCUCUUUCUUCUUUUUUUAAUCUUAAUGAAUUGAUGAGUCACUU